GAUUAUUUAAAAAUCACACUUACACGUUGUGUAUACGAUCUUCUCAAAUCUUCCGAAAAAAAAACUCGAAAUAAUGAGCUACAACAGUGCUGUAUUUUAUACGUAUACGACAUACCACAUACAUACGUAUAUAUAUAAUAUAUAAGUAUCUACCCGCGCACGGUGGCGACGGUCGCUUGUCAGUUUUUCGAACAGACACCAUAAUUCGCGCGGACAUCCGCGAUUGGACUCCUACCAAAAGGCCGCCACCGCCGCCCCCCUAAAUAAUAUCGUCUGCUCGUCACGCGCACGCACGCGCGUCCGUUGUAGAGGCGGUCUCGUUUUUAUAUAUUUUUACGUGUGGAUACCACCGAAUAUCCUACGUCUCAGAAUCGUCACAGUAUGUCUUCGCGUACCGCCGCCUCCGCCGCGAUUACUGUACUUAAGUGCAGAUGAUAUUUAACUCAACGCUACCAUAUAAUUAUAUUAUAUAAUACGUACAUUUCUAUUAAUCACUAUCCGUGUUAUCGUUAUUAUAACAGAAAUAAGUAAAAACCGAUCCGUUUGGGUAGUAUUAUUGUAUAUACCUAUAUAAUAAUUAUAGAAUAAUACCUAUAAUAAUAACGAACCGCAUGCUGCACUCAAUAACCGUCACAAUUUUUGUAUGCGUUUCGAAAGUGUUUACGUCCUGCACAUGCUCAGCGAACAGGCCGCCGCUGUCGGCGGGUACGGCAGGCCCGAGGACGAUUACGCGUCCGAAAACACCAAAAGGUUCACGGUGGACUCACUCUUACAGGUCCGGAGGCCGGCUAUUGCGGCCGACGACCAUAAGCGGCCGGCGACCACGUGCAUGACACCCUGCUACGAAGUUGAAACGAAUUCUGCAGAAACAGAUGGUCAACGGAAAAACAAGCCGAGAAGAAAUCGUACUACAUUUUCUAGUUGUCAAUUGCGAGCAUUAGAAAAAGUCUUUGAAAGGACACAUUAUCCAGACGCGUUUGUUAGAGAAGAACUGGCAAGAAGAGUUUGUCUAUCUGAGGCCAGAGUUCAAGUUUGGUUUCAAAAUCGGCGGGCAAAAUUCAGACGGAACGAGAGAAGUAGUCUGUCGAGGAAUAAUUCCACACUAUCGACUGCACCCGAUUGCAGGUCCCCGAACGUGGAACAACCCCUUUUACCCAGAUCGAAUACGAAUGCCGUUCACUCAGAACCACCGUUUACAGCUGGCUCCAGUUUUGGCGGACUCCUGGAGUACUCGGCAUGGAAAUCAAACGGUUUAUCACAGUGCGGAAUGUUCCAACACUCGUCGAGUUACCCGGCUUUCUUACCUACAGCAGUCUCCGCCACAGGGAGUCAUACUCAUGGUAAUCCUUCAAUGUCGAUGUCAGUUUCUAACUGUCUGGUACCAAACCAUCACCACCACCACCACCACCACCAUGCCGGUUACAUGGUUUCCACUAAUCUUACAAACAUGAGAAUUCGUCCACAAGAAUAUUAUAUGGAAACUCCUCACAUGUAGUACACUUAGAGAUUAUAUAUAAUAUAUAUAUAAACAUAUGUACCACAUAUUUCAGCUC